AAGGGCGGCCAUUUUGUAAAUGCUGCUAUCAGGCCAUGGCGGAGAUGGAUGACGGUGAGGAGUUGGGGAUAGUGCACACGCAUAGCGGUUUAUCAUCUUCAUCUAAGUCGGGGGCAGAUAAAAUGUUUUCUCUGAAGAAGUGGAAUGCAGUGGCAAUGUGGAGCUGGGAUGUCGAGUGCGAUACUUGCGCCAUUUGUAGGGUCCAAGUUAUGGAUGCCUGUUUAAGAUGUCAGGCAGAAAACAAGCAGGAGGACUGUGUUGUUGUAUGGGGAGAGUGCAACCACUCCUUCCAUAACUGCUGUAUGUCUCUGUGGGUGAAACAAAACAACCGGUGUCCGCUGUGCCAACAAGACUGGGUCGUGCAGAGGAUCGGCAAGUGAGGACAUCCUCGCACAUCCACUGUUCUUCAUCCACUCUGGCCCCAUCCGGCUCUAGGGGACAGGACUGAAUCUUCAGCGUCCCAACAUGACUCCUCUGUGUGUGUGUGUGUGUGUGUGUGUGUGUGUGUGUGUGUGUGUGUGUGAGACUGUAAAAUGGAGUGUGUGGACUUUUACCAGAACUCCAUGUGACACUGGCUGCUUGUACUCUGCCUCUCGGUCCUACAGUAAAAUACAGGAGACUGAAGUACUAUACAGUCUCAGUGCAGCAUCUGAAUGGUGCUGUGAAUGUUUUUAAAGCAUGUUAGAAUAAAGUAAAAUAUUAAAAGCC